UGUGUGUGUCUGUGCUUUUGCAGUGUGUGACAUUCCUCUGUAUGACAUUUGUGACUACAACGUCUCCAGGGACCGAUGCAAGGAGCUUGGGUGCUGCUUCUACAAAGGCGUCUGCUACGAGAAAGUGGUUCCCACGUAGGGGAGGAAUUGGCCUGGGCAUUGAGGAGCCAUGGAGCUGGGGGAGCUGGGCACAGCAGGAACAGAGGAGCCAGCGCCAUCUCUCCACGCACCCCCGGGGAUCAGGGCGGUCACAAGGUAUCCUUAGGGUGGUGCCGACCACCACCCCGAUUUACGGGCAAGUGUUCUCCGCCUUGAUUGUGAUCAUCGCCGCUGCCUUCAUCGUCACCAUCAUCUACAGAGUUGUUCAGGAGAUCAGGAGAGAAAGGGCCAUCCUAACGGACGCCAAGCUGUCACAGAAGUCCAGUGAAAAGGCAGAGAUGGCCUCCUCCAGCAGCAAGCCAGGGCUGACGCCUCUGGGUGCUGGGCCCUCACUUGGUGAGGGUGACAAGGUGAAAAGUGAGGAGGCCGAGGAUGAUGUAACAGUGACAAUAACAGAAGCCGAAGAAACUGAGGACUGACUGAAAUACAUGAAGAUGUGAGGUUGGCAGAAUUACCCAAAGGAAAUGGCGCAGCAUGUGGACUGUUAACUGUGUGAUAGAAUGACCACCCAAUGAGAAAAAGAUAAAGGUAUUUUGAAAAUU